GCGACACUAUACUAUGACUAUGACAGCCAUAAAUCAUUGCUGAGUAGAAUAAGCAAACGGCUGACAUUUGUAGGUUCUGUUUACCAUAUAGUAGGAAUUAUAAUGGCUUCCUCAACGCCGGGUCCAGUUCCACCUCGACAUACGCGUCAGGGGCAAGGUCAGCAAACCGUUUUGGCUCGACUACAAGCAUUAUUUCCCGCUUCCCCAAACGUCCCGCAGGAUGAACCGCAACCCCCCAAGCCCCCAAAGUGUCUCAAGGUUAGGAUAAUAACAUGGAAUAUGCACGAUUCGCUACCAAAGGGAGAUCUCGAAGAACUUUUGGGUGCCGUUUCUCCUCACAAGCUGGUUCCCAUAUCGCCAGAUAGCCUCGAUAUCCCGGACAUGUCCAUUGAUGCAAAUCAUCCCUAUCAUCUUGUAGUCGUUGCUGGACAAGAAUGCCCCAGUUCAUCUGGAAUUCCUAUGGGUUUGGGCGCUGGGUUCAAGUUAAUCGAUAAGGAAAAAGAGAAAGAAAAGCUUGAAGACAAGGAUGUCGAGAAACCACUCUUACACAAGCUCAAAGACCAAUAUGAAGGCAAUCGUGGCUGGAAAAGUUCUGAUGACCUUGCAGAGGACGUUGUUAUCAAUCACCCUACUGGCUGGACAUCUAUACUCGAGCACUGGUUAUGUCAUAGGACUCAAGCGAAUCCGCAGUCAUCUGAUGAAACCGAGCCCAUAGACGUGCCAUUGUCCCCCAAACGGGCUUCCGUUGGAAACCUACAUCGUAGAGUGACCGUAAAAGAUCACGACAAGGGGCCAUAUGUACCACUAGUUAAGGAAAGGAUGAUGGGAUUAUAUUUAGCGAUAUACAUCCACCGGGAUAUACGCAAUCUGGUCAAAGGUACUUCAAAAUCAGCGGUUACUACCGGGCUAAUCGGUGGGCGAGUAGGAAACAAGGGUGGUGUAGGCAUCAGUCUCAAUAUCGAUGGAACAACGCUGUUGUUUGUAAAUGCCCACCUCGCAGCUCAUGAAGGUAAAGUUCUUCAUCGACUGGCUAACCUUGCCAAAAUUAAGACCGAACUAUCCGUCGAUCCCUUUCUCAAACCUGAUGAUCCACGAAUCAUGGCUGAAGACGUAACCGACAGGUUUGACUACACGUUCUUGUGUGGUGACCUGAACUUUCGUUUAGAUAUCACACGUCUUCAUGCAGACUGGCUUAUAUCCCGGCAAGAAUACGAACAAGCACUAGCAUUUGAUCAACUGCGCAAGCAAAUGGAAACAAAUUCGACGUUCGCGGGUUUUAGAGAAGCGUCAAUCAAUUUUCCUCCCACAUUCAAGUACGAUGUCUUGCGAACCCUAAGGAGGUUCAGAACGAAAGCCUCUAGGCGUCACAGUAGGCGCUCUAUAUUCGAGAAGGAUCAUGCAGGCAGCGGAGCCGAAGGCAGGGACCACGAAAAUGACGACGAUGAUGCUGAGGAAGAGGGUGACACUGAAGCUGCAUCAAUGGCUUCCUCUGCAUGGGCGUCCGUGAAUUCCAAAGCGGCGACGGACGUCGAAGAUGAUGAUUAUUUUGACUCACUCAACUCUGACCAUGCAAAUGGGAAGCAGAGGUUGUCACUCUCGGCUGCAGUGCAUAAGGCAAAAUCUAAAUGUAAAACACUUCUCUCGCCUGCACUGUCGCCCUCUCUGCCCAGUACUCCUACAAAAUGGCGACGCAUGAAACAAGGCUUAGCAGAAUCUGCUGUCCUUUUCAACAAAGACCCGGCGUCAUCGGUGCCAUCAAUUGAGAAUAUCCCUACUAGUUUGUUACCUGAGCCCACUCACAGGCCAAAUCUACUUGAUCUUUCAGCAAAAGAACUACUGGCUCUGCCUCGCCCUGUAUCUCGAGGUGUUUCAACAAGGUCAAUACCUCCCACUACAGACCAAGAAGACGAAGACGAGGACAAAGGAGUAUAUGAUUCCUCGCACAAGCAACGUGUUCCUAGCUGGUGUGAUCGCAUCCUUUGGAAAUCAACGGUCGUUCCAAGCCUCGGAGAUGAUGACUGUAUACCCGAAAAUAGUGGACCUAAGACUCGAGUUGGCAAUUUCUUCUCGGCACUCCGCCCCCAUUCUCGCAUACGGCGGGACUCGAGCAAUUCCACGCUUCAAGAAGACAUAAUUACCCCAUCUCACAGAACAAGUAUUGACACUAAUAUAGCCAACACUUCAAUUAUCGACAUUUAUUCCGGUCAUGGUUAUCCUCAUGCUGGAUCCACUCAAUUAUCACCCAAAUUUCUACACCAUUCUCGUUCUACCGAAAGAUUGCCCCAGAGAAAGCAGACUUUGGUUCCUCCCAGACCCUCUACACAGUACGCCGGCUACAAUGCUCGCCUUGAGGGCCAAUCAGCCGACAUCAAUUCUCCGAAUCUCGAAUCGGUAUUCCAGCCUUCGCCGCUCGUUACAAAUGAGGCUUCCCUAGAUACCCCGCCCCCGGUGCCUCCUAAAGACUCGGUAGCUCGCUGGCGAUUCUUUCCUUUUCGUCGAGAAACGUCACAAACUAUCGUUUUGUUGGAAGAGCCGCCAGCAGAAGUGACACCCCUUCCCCAGAAAGGCGACAUCUAUAUAUAUUUCGGGCUCGCAAAACUCGUCGCGAAUGAGACUCUUUGGACUACUACAUUGGGUCCAUUUACUUCCGGCCGGUCUUCCACGCUUCUGAAUAGUAAGGCUGGGGCUGUGCUAAACUUGACACAAUGCCUGCCUGCAGGCAAUUGCAAGUUGGAAGGCCUCGAUUGCUUUAACACUCUCGUCGGGCAGAGGACUUGGCAACCCUCAAGAUCUGUCUCCCGUCGCUUUCGUGCUUCGCAGCAACGAGUAUUUUUGCGUAUGGUUGAUCCUCAUAAACUCUACGGCCAAGAAGCUCUUGCUGUUUUGCAUCGUCCAGACCAGGCUAAUCAGCGAGGCAGGUUAUCAUCCGUUCUAGACAGCAAUAAUAUCGCGUGGGCCACUACGCCAGGGCAGUCUAAAGCGUUCGGGAACGGCACGCGUAUUGUCGAGCAAGCAAGAGUGGACCAGAGAAAUGUUCCCAUCGCGGAACUCAGAAAUCGCAAAAUGCUCCUGCAAAAAGCUAUCACGCAGAUAGACACCUCAGUGGCGCAUUUGAUGGCUGUGCGAUCUGGUAUACCAAGUGCGAUCUGGAUACCCAAGAUGCAGCAGAUAUAUGCUGAAGUGAAGAGCAGAAAAGACCUUCUUCCCAAAGUGAACCAGGCCUUAGCUCAGGCUUCGACUCAAUUUGACAGUGACAGUGAUCAGUCAGAUAACAUUGGUUCUUCAAUUGGCUCCUCCCUAGCUCAUCCGCCAUCGCAGUCGGGGCUGGAACAAAAACCACGACCUGCACCGCUGUUACCUCACCCUACAGGGCAACCGCAGUCUGUAGCAACAGACGGGAAAAAAGUUUUUACAUUGGAUGAACUCACUGAGAGGAGGGCAAUACUGCAACAAUCUAUCGUACAGUGGGAGACUACAGGAAAACAGCUGUUGGCUGCUCGAUCCGGGAUGGCAAUUGAAGUUUUCGAACCAAAAAUGCAGCAAGUACAAUUCGAGGUGACUAGGAGAAAAGGACUGAUGGUAAAACUGAACCAUGCUAUCACCCACAUAUCAGCGCAACCUCGGCCGCACGAUGGUUUGCUCGUCUCCUCUCUGAUCCUACCUCCUCCUCUGGAUAAGGCGAGGUUUGAGAUACAUUACGCCAAUUUUUGUCGUACCAAGGGCCUCGAAAUGACGUCGCGAGUUGCUUUAUCGGACGCCCAAUGGGUUGAUUUGUAUCAACUCCAUGUAAAUGUGAUGAAAGAGGGAACGUUUGCGAAGGUGAAUCAAAAUAACUUAUGGCAUAUUGUUGGAGGACGAUUAGGCUAUGUGCGGGCCUCAGACAAUACGGUUGAUCCACCUAGUCGAUAUGGCCAAGAGGAAAGCGGAAAUUCAGAAACAAUCAUGAUUCUACCGGCAGGCAGACGGGCACAAUGUAAUCUUUUCCCCUCUGAACUAGCCCGCUUGUGCUUCGAGGAAACCACAUACAUCAAGUAGCUCGAAUUACUACGCGUGAAACCAUAUGUUCCACCUCCCACUGACCAUCAGGCUCACUUCGCAGUCACAAUCAUCAGGGACAUUCGCCUCCCUUUGAAGCGUCGAGAACUGGUUGACCUGGUGGGUAGGAUUAACACCAUAGGAAAUACAGCAAUCUUGAACAACUUCCGUAAGCAAGACAAAUCCAGAGGUCGUCGUAUUAGCUAUGGAAAACUAUUCGAGUUAACUUUGUUGGACCAGUGAAUACAACCUGUGCCUGUUGCUAUCUACUACUGAAGACAACAAAGUCCUGUUUUAGGUCACUCAA